AUGGAUGGUCUUGACGAAUUUGAAAAAUCCCUCGCUGCAGAGAAAGCCGAGAGGGAUCGCGGAGGCGAAAAAAGACAUAAACACAGACAUCAUCACCGACGAGAUCGAUCAUCCGAACGCGACCGUGAUAAUCACCGCCAUAGCCAUCGUAGGUCGCAUGAUCGUCACGAAGAAGAAAACGACGACGGCCAUCGACACAAGCGAUCGCGUCACUCUAAAAAUGAUGAGCACCACCACAGACGCGAACAUCAUAAAGAUGACAAUCGCGAUUCGGACAGACGAGAUCGCCAUGUGAAGACUUCAGACGCGAAUGAAGAUCUGCCACUACCUGAUGAGGAGAUAGCUACAGAAGACUAUAAGAAGCCAGAAGAAUCUACUUCAAGUCUAGUUCGAGAUUCUUGGAUGACGGCGCCAUCUGCGCUGGACAUUGAUUAUACUCAGAAAGGCUCGAAACUUUCUAAACCUCCACCACCGCCUAGUCAAGGACCACAAAGGGAAAUUCACAAGAGAGAAAUCAAUGCGGCACAUCUACAGGAGUUAAACGACGGAAAGUCAGUAGAGGAUCUUGAGCUACCAGCACAGCAUGAAGUCGAUUACAUAUUCGGCGAUGGCGGGUCACAAUGGAGGAUGACCAAAUUAAAUGGUGUCUACAAUACAGCCGAACAGACUGGAAGAUCUGUAGAUGAAGUGGCAUUAGAACGGUAUGGUAACCUGCGGGACUUUGAUGAUGCGCGCGAAGAGAAAAUCGAGGUAGACCGACGCAAAGUCUAUGGUGAUGGUUAUGUCGGCAAGGAGAAACCCAGCGGCGAACUGUUCCAGGAGAGGAAAUUGAGUCAGGGUGUUCAUGAGAAGCGAGAAUCCUCACCGGCACCGAUGGGCCUCGACCAAGGCACUGUUAUUCCCGAUGAUGCAUCAACUCACGUAUCUACCCAAAUCGACCAGACUACACUCAAUCGACUUAAAGCACAGAUGAUGAAAGCGAAGCUAAAAAAGGCGCCAGAUGCUGCUAAGCUAGAAGCAGAAUACAACCAGGCCGCCGCAGCAUUCGCAUCAAAGGGUCCAGAAGCGGUUGUUCUUGGCGUCAUGGAAAAUCGCAUGUUGGCAGGAACACGCGGCGAGGCUAAAGCUAUCGAUAAUAAGCGAGGCCGCGAGAGAGGGAAUGUAGAGCAAAACGAUGAUAUGACAAUAGAGGACAUGAUCCGUGAGGAGCGACGAACACGAGGACAGGCAGGAGGAGAAGGGUUACGAUUAGCUGAACGAAUUGCCAAGGAUGUUAAAUUCGACGAUGAUCUUGAAUACAUGGACGAGAAUGCUGAGAAGCUAGCCAAGCGCGUACAGAAAUCCGAGAUCAACCUCAAGAACCAGGCUGUCGGCGAGUUCCAGAAGGUCAACAAAAUCCUAGAUAACUGCCAACUCUGCCAUCACGAAGAUCGCAAUCAACCACCUAUUGCACCUAUAGUCUCGUUAGCAACGCGGGUCUAUCUAACACUGUCUACGGAGCCGGAGCUGAGCGAGGGUGGUGCCGUUAUCGUUCCUAUCCAACACCGGACUAAUCUGUUAGAGUGUGACGAUGACGAAUGGGAAGAGAUUCGCAAUUUUAUGAAGUGUCUCACACGGAUGUACCACGAACAGGGUCGAGAGGUUAUAUUCUACGAAAAUGCGGCAGCGCCUCACAGACACAUGCAUGCCGCCAUGCAAGCCGUUCCUAUACCGUACGAUCUAGGAGAUACCGCGCCAGCUUUUUUCAAGGAGGCGAUGCUCACGACGGACGAGGAGUGGACGCAGCACAAGAAGAUUAUCGAUACGGGAAAGCGAGCUCGAGGAGGACUGGGCAAGCUAGCAUUCAGGAGAUCUAUUGCUAAGGAGAUGCCAUAUUUCCAUGCAUGGUUUACUUUGGACGGAGGCUUGGGUCACGUAGUGGAAGAUUCUAACAGGUGGCCUAGGGGUGAUCUAUUCGCAAGGGAGAUCCUAGGUGGUAUGCUAGACGCGGAGCCGGAUGUGAUCAAGAAACAGGGACGAUGGCACAAAUCUGAUAAUAGGGUGGAGGGGUUUAGAAAGCGCUGGAAGAAGUUUGACUGGACCAGAGUGUUGACUGAUGGAUGA